AUGGCCUCAGACCUGGAUGAACUGACUCUCAUCCCAAACUACAUAGCUGCAAACCACACAACUGGACUGCAAGCUGCUCCUGCUGAUCACUGCUAUGCUGGACCUGAAGAUGUGGAUGAACACAAAGGCCACGACACAGUCACAGCUGCAGCUGAAAGGACUGAGAGGCAGAGGGAGCUGGAGGUGAGUCGACUAAACAUCCAGCAGAGAAUCCAGGACAGAGAGAAAGACGUGAAGCUGCUUCAACAGGAGGUGGAGGCCGUCAAUCGCUCUGCCGACGAAGCGGUGAAGGACAGUGAGAAAAUCUUCACUGAGCUGAUCCGCCUCAUGGAGAAAAGAAGUUCCGAUGUGAAGCAGCAGGUCAGAUCCCAGCAGAAAAGUGAAGUGACUCGAGUCAAAGAGCUUCAGGAGAAGCUGGAGCAGGAGAUCUCUGAGCUGAAGAGGAGAGACGCUGAGCUGAAGCUGCUCUCACACACAGAGGAUCACAACCAGUUUCUACACAACUACCCCUCACUGUCACCACUCAGAGAAUCUACAGACUCGUCUGGCAUCGAUAUCCGUCCUCUGAGCUACUUUGAGGACGUGACGGCGGCUGUGUCAGAAGUCAGAGAUAAACUACAGGACGUUCUGAGAGAGAAGUGGACAAACGUCUCACUGGCAGUGACUGAAGUGAACGUUUUACUGUCGCCUUCACACGCAGAGCCCAAGACCAGAGCUGGAUUCUUAAGAUAUUCAAGUGGAAUCACACUGGAUCCAAAUACAGCAUGCACAUAUCUGUUGUUAUCUGAGGGGAACAGAAAAGCAACAGCUAUGAGAGAAGAACAGUCUUAUUCUAGUCACCCAGACAGAUUCACUUCAUGUUUUCAGGUCCUGAGUAGAGAGAGUCUGACUGGACGUUGUUACUGGGAGGUGGAGUGGAGAGGAGAAGGAGUUUAUGUAGCAGUCGCAUACAAGAAUAUCAGCAGAACAGGGAGCUAUAAAGAAUGUGAAUUUGGAUUGAAUGACAAAUCUUGGGUGUUACAAUGUGUCAAUAACAGUUUUACAUUUUUGUACAACAAUAUCCGAACUCCCGUCUCUGGUCCUCAGUCCUCCAGAGUAGGAGUGUACCUGGAUCACAGAGCAGGUAUUCUGUCUUUCUACAGCAUCUCUGAAACCAUGACUCUCCUCCACAGAGUCCAGACCACAUUCACUCAUCCUCUCUAUGCUGGACUUGUGAUUUAUGACUAUGCAAACACUGCUGAGUUCUGUAAACUAAAAUAG